AUGUUGUUUGGGGUUCGUAUGGCUAAUCAAAUGUAUCCGCCUUGGAAGGGCUCGUACAUGGACUACGAAAGGCUCAAGAAGCUGCUCAAGGAGUCUGUGAUCGAAAAAGCGGACUUCACAAGCAGAAAAUCCAACCGUCGGGAAAAUUCUUGGUCCGAAAAGGACGAAUCUGAGUUCGUUUCGGCGCUCGACGCAGAACUAGAAAAGGUUUACGGGUUCCAGAGCUCGAAAUUCAGCUCCAUCAUGGAAAAACUCAUCAACUUGGAGCGGAAAACGGACGACGAAGAAGCCGUCAAAUCGCUCGAUUUCAAAGCGUUCCAGCACAUCCUAGAAGAAAGCCUUACGGAGGCCCAAGAAUUGGACAAUUUUUGCCGUGUAAACUACACCGGUUUUAUCAAAAUCGUGAAAAAGCACGACAAGCUGCACCCCAAAUAUCCUUCUGUUAAGUCUUUACUCCAAGUCCGGUUGAAAGAGCUACCUUUCAACUCAGAAGAGUAUUCGCCUUUGCUGUACAAAAUUUCAUUCCUGUACAACAUUUUGAGAACCAAUACGCCCACAGUAUCGUCGUCUCUAGCCACCUCGGCCAAGCUGUCGAGUGUGCACAACCACGAAGAAAGCUCGUUCAAGAGCUACACUUUCUGGGUUCACCCUGACAAUAUCAUGGAGGUCAAGACUCGAAUCCUUAGACACCUGCCUGUUUUGGUCUACGCCUCUCCUCCAAACGAAAACAGCGAUUUGAUCGACAGGGUAGAAACGUCAGUUAUGAACUCUGACGUAUCCUUCAAUGCGCCUUCCAGCAGCAGCAGUAUUUCUGACGCCGACCCAAUGAGCACUAAAGGCUACGAUCCGGUGGUAAGAGCCGUAUACUUCGACAACGGCGCCUUCGAACUCUACAACGACAAGCUUUUGAAAUCGAGCUCCAACCCAACUCUUAGACUGAGAUGGUCAGGAAAACUGGCUGACAAGCCUGACAUUUUCUUGGAGAAAAGAACUUUCAUCGAUGAUAAGGCUACCGGCAUUUCUGAUUUCGAGGAGACUAGAUUAAAAUUGAAGCCCAAGUUCAUUAAUGGGUUCAUUUUCAAUGGAGAUCAAGAGUACAAGGAAAAGAGUCUAAAGAAACUCAAGGACCGUGGUUCUGCAGAGACGGAAACCAACAAAUGGAGUAAUGAUUUCGAUACCAUCCAGCAGUUUGUGCUCGAAAAUGAAUUGCAACCAGUUCUUAGAUCAAUGUACACAAGAACUGCAUUCCAAAUUCCCGGUGACAACCGGAUUAGAAUUAGCAUCGACUCCGAUCUUCUAUUCAUCAGAGAAGAUUCUUUCGAUGAAAACAAACCCAUCAGAGACCCCAAGAGCUGGCAUAGAACCGACAUAGACACCAACGUCGCCAACCCUCUAAAAUUUCUAAGACCUGGCGAAUUCUCUAAAUUCCCUUACGCCGUCUUGGACAUCAGAAUUAGAAACCCAGUCACGGAAGCUAAUAACAAUCGGAAAAGCGUGCAAUCCCAAUUCCCUGGCAAACAUGCGCAGUGGGUGGAAGAGCUGAUCAAUUCACAUCUGGUUAAGGAAGUAGCAAACUUUUCGAAGUACGCCCAAGGUGUAGCUUCGCUUUUUGGCGAAGACGAAAACUUGGACUUGCUGCCCUUUUGGCUGCCAGACUUGGAAAGUGACAUUCGGAAAGAUCCAAAGCAAGCUUAUGAAGACGAAAAAAAACGGAUUGAAGAGCAGAAGGAAAACCAGGCGCGUUUUGCAAAAUUAAAACGUCUGUCGGUGGUCCAAGCUCCUGGCGAAGACAGCGCGGGAUCUUCCGCCGCUGUACCCACAACACUAGUGAAAGACAGAGAGCCUGACUUGGAAGAUGCGGAAUCAUCGGAAGAUGAUGACGGCGAGCCGUCACCACUUUCUACUCGCCGCAAAAGACGUGACCACCCCCCAAACAUACUGGAUGUCUUGGUUGGCAGAAGUGGAAAGAUUACCGACGCCUAUUCGGAAGACGAGGAAGUAGAAUUGCCGCCUGGUGUCAAGAAGCCUACUUCCUACAUCAAGAACGCAGGCCCGGUAAAGGUGGAGGCCAAGGUAUGGUUGGCUAACGAAAGAACUUUCAACAGAUGGUUGUCUCUUACAACUUUGAUGAGUGUUCUGACGUUCUCUGUUUACAGUUCAGUGAGGAAGGCUGAGCAUCCUGAUUUGGCCAAUUUCGUUGCUUAUGUUUAUUUUGGUAUCACCCUUUUCACGGGACUUUGGUCUUACCACACCUACACCAGACGUCUCGAGGUUAUCAGAGCGAGAAGCGGCAAGCACCUUGAUGCUCCACUGGGGCCUUUGCUUGUUGCCACUGUUGUUAUCUUCACUCUUGUGGUCAAUUUCGUGCUUGCAUUCAGGGACGUUGCAAAGAGAAGACAAGAUGAUGUUACGGCCCUAUCUUCCAACGGCCAAUCUCAGCUGCCUGUCUUGGCGAGACAUGUUCAGCAAUGGGUUUUCUCGAUUGUUGGUGCGAAACAAGAUUAA